UUUCAAACAGUCACUUAUUAACCACUGGGUGCCACACUCAAACCCUCAAUUUGCACUUUUUUGGCUUAAACUUUUAGCUGUUUGAUAGGACUGAAGCAGGUUCUGACAUAAGAAGAUCAUUAGUUCUCUCUGAGACCACCACUCACACUUAGACAAUCACAUUCUGGAUCAUUGCAUAUCUUUUUAACACCACUACUUCUGAGCAUCUAAUCAAACAAUCACUGCGGCUCGGAUUAAAAGCUGCUCCUUGGAUGAUGAUGUGCUCUCGUUUACGACCAUUACUCCCUCACCUCUUGUCGCAGAGGUUUAUGGGUGCUACUGCCUCCAGGACGGUCAAACAGCCUCAACUUUUCUCUGCGACCCUGGCCUUUGAGGAUCCCAGCGCUUUCAGGGUGAAGAGUUGUGGAGAGCUGCUUCGGGCUCUGGGUGUUUUCCGCCUUUGCUCCUUCCCUGUGCUAGUUAACAACUGUGGAAAGCUGAUGUGGAUAACCCGCACCCUACUAGGGAGGAAAGGGUUUUCCUUGCUCCUGCGGCCCACUGUAUACGCCCAGUUUGUGGCUGGAGAGAAUGAGAGUGAGAUCUCUAAGUCGAUGGAGAAGAUGAGCUUGCUGGGAUUAAGGCCCAUGUUGGCUGUACCUAUUGAGGAGGACCUUGGAGAGAGCACCGGGGAGAAAAGAUAUGACGACAACAUGGAGGCCAUGCUGGAAUGUGUCCGCAUGUCCCACAGCAAUGCUUGGAGCAAAGACCCAAUGAUGCAGCUGAAAAUCACAGCCCUGCUCAGCCCGGAGCUGUGUGUGAAACUCACAACCCUCAUGGCACAGCAACAGUAUGAUCUGAGUCUCUUGGUGAGGGCGAUGGAUGGAGAACCAAUCAGCUUCCCUGGUUUAGAUGAAAAAGAGACCGCUCACUUUUGGUGCGGUCUGCAAAGACUCAACAAAAUAGCAGAGGCAAGUGUAAACAAAGUCAGAGUUCUGGUUGACGCAGAGUACACCUACAUGAACCCUGCCCUCUCUCUUGUCACUAUGGCGAUGAUGAUGAAGUUUAACAAAGAUGCCGUGUGGAUCUGGAACACAUAUCAGUGUUAUCUUAAGGAGUCCAGGUCUCUCCUGUUAGAGGCUUUGCGUCUUUCCAAGAGGGAAGGUUUCUGUCUGGGUGUGAAAUUGGUUCGAGGAGCCUACAUGGACAAAGAGAGGAAGCUGGCAGAGAAUGAGUGCCGUGUGGACCCUGUUCACCAUAGCUGGGAGGACACCAAUGACAGUUAUAAUGGCUCCCUGGAUGUGAUGCUGGAAGUCAUUUCACAGAAACCCGAACGCUACAGGAUCAUAGUGGCCACUCACAACGAGGAGUCAGUGAGACGAGCUGCCAAACGGAUGGAGGAGCUGGGGAUAGACAAAGAUGGUGGCUCGGUGUGUUUUGGCCAGCUGCUCGGCAUGUGUGAUCACGUUUCCCUCACACUGGCUAAGGAAGGUUAUGCUGUGUACAAGUCAGUGCCGUAUGGCUCCGUGGAUGACACUCUCCCAUACCUGGUACGCCGGGCUCAGGAGAAUCGCACCGUGUUGCAGGGAAUCCGCAAAGAGAGGGAUCUACUGAGGAAGGAGCUCAAACAGAGACUAGGGCUGUCUCUGAGGGGAGGCAGCUCCUGAAACCACUGGACAUGCUCACAGAAGGGUAAAGGAGGCUUACUGUGAGCCUGCUGAUCAAAAGAAAGGUCAAUCCAUGUACAUUUUCCUCUCCAUGUGUAUGACUGAUGUUUGGUAAGUUGUUUAAAUGGACAUACAUGUAAUUUUCCUGCUGUACAUUUCAGGUUUCACAGCAGGGAAGGACAAUAGUUAUUUAAAAGCAACUGCUGCCUCUAUUAAAGUGUUAACAUCUGCUUGCCUAUUAUUCUGUUUAUAAAUUAAACUGGUGUCUUUUUUC